AAUCGUCAUGUUUUGGAAGAACCGGCACGCGUGGUGACGUCACAGCGCUGCCAUUGGACACGGAUUGAGGUAACGUCAGCGGCGGAAAAAUAAGUGAUUCGAAACACGGAAAGGGGGGAAAAAGCGAUACAUUGUACCUUUCCCGGUGGAAUAUAGCGGAAGAGAAUGGAAGUCUCCUCUUCAGUCAUCGUGAUUCUCCCCAGCAAGACGGUCUUUCACCUUGAUCCGCGGACCAGUCUCCACUUGGACUGACUACUCUCAUUUCUGGGGUUGUCAUGAAGCUCAUGGUGUGAGUGUCAACACACAAGCCGGCGAUCAAAACAUGUGGUGGUUCGCGGUGUACCUAUGGAUUCUCGUCGCUGCCCAAAGCCCACCGGCUGGGACCUCCACCACGAAUUGUCGAGUGACGAUGAAAGAACCUCGUGGUGUCAUCACCACCCCAAACUUUCCUGAUCCUUAUCCCGUUCCGAUCAGCUGUCAGUGGGUGAUCGAAGCACCCUCGGACAAAGUAAUCGCUGUUUAUUUCACCCAAUUCUACAUGCGGGAGGGUCUUCAGGCGACGGAAUAUGCAUACUACUCGCCAAAUGUCAAGAUGGGCAAGGCCGAAUUUGGGACCAUCAGUUCCGAGCGCGAGCCCACCUACCUGGUCAGCAAUAAGCCAGUUCUGGUGCUGGACUUCAACGUCCGGGAGGUGGCCAACAUCCACAUGAGGGUGCGGGAGUACCUGUUGGAUGUGUUCGGAUUUAAUAUCACUUAUGAGUUCUUGUCCAAGAACGAGAGUGUGAGAAAAGAUGCGUGCCUGUACCAUCAUUGUUCCUUUACCGGCAAUUGUUACGCUAGUGCGGGAUUUGACAAAUAUUAUUGCAAUUGCUUUUCUAAGUAUUUCGGUGAGGAAUGCCAGUACGAUGCGGAAUGUGGACCUGAUGCUGGCAGGAAUAUGUGCCUGAAUGGCGGCACCUGCAGAUACUAUAUAGGAUCCACUGUGCGAACCUGCGAAUGCCCUCCAGGUUACGAUGGUGCCCGCUGUGAGGCUCAAAAGGUUUCCACUCCCAAGCAAAUCGAGUGUGUCGGGCCUUCCUGCAAUGACACUUGUUCCAGUGGGAAGUAUUCAACCGACGGCGAAAGAUGCAUUGAAGAUGAAAAUAGAGUACGUUACGUAGUGUCUCUCAAACUGACCAAUCCUAAAGUUCACAACAUUCUGACGGACAGAAAGAAAAUGGACACAUUUAAAAAAGAAAUGGAACAUGCGCUUUUUCUGCUAUUCAAAGGCCGUCUGGAAGUUAUUGAAAAUAUCACUGUCCUAGAAGUCUGGUCCAAUUCCAUAAUGACAUUCCAUCUACUUGCCACACGGGAAGAUGUCGAAGAGCUUAAAUCCACCAUCGAACAAAUGCUGAAACUUGGAAAACUAGGGAGUUUCGACUUCGAUCAUGACUACCAAGAAAUAAAUUCCGAACCUGCCCUGCGGAUCGACAAUAUGGAGGCGAGCGAAGUGAUGCCGAUUGCCGAGGGCACAGAGCUGACCUUGGCCUGUAUGAUCCAGGGUUCAGAACACAUGAAAGUGAAGUGGUUCAAAGACGGCUACCCCGUUCACGUGCAUACGGGGGAUAGGAGUAUGUGGACGACAAUUGUGCCCAAAAACUCGCAGGAGCAAUAUACCGCCCUCUUGGGUUUCGACCGAGUGGCCGCACUGGACACAGGUACCUUCACUUGCCAAGUAACGGACUGGGGAUUUGUCCGAAACAGCAGCCUCUACGUAUACGUCAUGGCGGCCCCUCAACCCCAAGUGACCCCCAUGACCGCCACCAUCCAACUCGGUUCCUCUCUUGUGGUGACCUGUCUCUCCAAGGACGAUGUUUUCGGUAACUUCGGAUAUACGUGGUUGAAGAAUGGCCGCGUCCUCAACCCUAGCACCGAGUCCGAAAUGGCGGAGGAUUUGUUCCCGGCCGGGAGCAGGAUACUCCUGAGAGAGGCCGUCUCGUCCUCCAUGUAUUCAUGCAUCAUCACCAGUUCAGCCGGAUCCACGCGGAAAGACAGUAUCAUUACAGUAAUAGACAAAGACAGAUCUACCCCCUGCUGUCCCGCUGAGGAUUACUUGAAAGUAAGAUGGACGCAGACCGCUACUAACACAGAAAAUAUUCAACUCUGUCCAACUGGUUAUACAGGUGAUGUUCGUAGAAAGUGUGUUCCGGGCCCUAGCGAACAUGGAGCUGUUUGGGAAGAACCAGAUUUCUCUGACUGCUUCUCCGGUGGAUUCGUUAGUUUGAAGAAAAAGGUGGACACCCUGCGUUUAGGCUACCUUAUAAGCGACACAACGGCCUUGCUUGUCCGUCUGAAGCGCUACCUGAUGGCGAAGAAGAUGAAGCUUCACUUCUGCGAGGGCGAGCCCAUCGUCGAUGUGCUACAGGACAUCAACAGCAUAAAGCACGGAGACCGGAGGAACCAAGAUGGAUGGGCGAUUUUCCUUGAUAUUGCAUCCGCUCUGCUGGAAUCGCCAAUCCUGAUCAGGAAACAUUACAAAUUGAUCCAGCUUCACGAUCUAAUUUUCAGCUAUGGCUUCCAGUAUGCCGAAAGAUCAAAUGAUGUCAACUUUGAGUUCUUUGAAAGAAAAGUUCUAGCUAUUCAACUUGGGAAGAUCGAAGAUUUCCAACAACCGCUGAGACUGCCCUCCAAAAUCUAUUCAUCCGUCAGUAAAUUAUCCGAUGCUCCACCCCUGCAGUACAGCUGGAUGACGAACUCAGUAGAGCUAGAUUUUAGCUAUUUAGAUCCAGCAGAAAAUGAAGAAGAGGGUAAUUCCACUGCGUCUGUAGUCGUAGUUUUUUAUAAGAAUCUUUCGUCCCAUUUGCCUCAGAGAUUUUUCACGAAGAAAGGGAUAGCUGAUGUUGAGUAUCAGCUCAUCUCGAGUUUGGUGGGCGUCAAGGUGAAAGGGAUAAUAAACGAGGACAACAUCAGUGUCAGAAUAUCACUAACGAGCUUCAAUCACACAGUAACUGAUAAACGCAUCGGGUGGAACAUAUCUUGUGGCAUGGCAAAUUUCGAGCAUGGCACUGUCGAAUUCACCACCAAUCACUGUCAUUUAAUAUGGAACAAAGGCAACAACAGCAUUUGCCAAUGUCAUCGGUUGGGCACAUAUGCACUGUUGCUGACACAUUACGCUCUUCCAGAAGAAAAACACAUAGAAGUAAGCUUCGACGCCAUUGCUGGCUCAGGUUGUGCCAUAUGUGCCUUUCUUUUGUUUAUCACGAUACUGAUGCUUGUUUCUCUUUGGAGGAAAAUCCAUGGAGCAAUAACAGCUUUAAAAAUACAAAUUUGUGUUGCCUUACUCGGAGCUUUUGGAAUAUUUUUCUGCGGUUUAAUAAAACCACUUCCUGAAGAGUUUUUUUCUUACACCGUUUCCUUGAUUCAGUUUUUUCUACUGACGGCUUUCUCUUUACAACUGUGUCUAGCAUUGGCUGUUUAUAUAAAAAACGUCGAGCUCAAGAACGUUCAGUAUUCUUUUACUAAAAUUUCGGCUCUUGGAUGGGCUAUUCCUGUGAUAAUUGUUGGUGCCACAUUAGCAGCCCAAAGUUUAGAAGGCUAUGAACUUGAAGGAUGGUGGUUAACUCUAGGCUCAAACUUUUUUUACGCAUAUACAUCUUCAAUAUUAAUUCUUACUAUGUUUCAAGUAUUAUUGUUUCUUAUUGUGAAAACCGAAAUAAGAAAUUAUGCCAAAGUUUCCGAUUUUCUACAAAGCAAAAAAGUCCAAGUUAGUAAUAAUAGGAUCUCUCUUCUUCAUCGUUCCCUCUUGCUAACAAGUUCUCUACUCUUCAUGUCGAUGGCCAGUAUAUUGUACGUUAAUUUCGAGCAGAAGGUCUAUGAGAUACUCUUUGCCAUUAGUGCGGUCACUGUGGGUGUUGUUGUGUUUCUGAGUUAUACUUUCUGCAGUGAAAAACAUUUUCUGCUUUGCUGCUUGCAAGAAAAUCACGACCAAGUUAACGAACACGAAGAUUCUGACAUCAGAAGCGGAACUGACUCAUUCAAAAGUUUCCUGAAACCCGAGAUAGUAGACGACCCUUAUUCUAGGAAAAUGCACAUAGACGCCGAGAAGCGCACCGAGCGAAUCAAGCGCAUGUAUUCCCAGAUUGAGAAGGCCUCGCUAUCUGAUUCCUUGACCCCGCACCACCGGACAGACGCCACGGCAGAACUUCUCCCUUAUCAGCAAGCAGACUCCUCUGCCGAGGAUGGCCACACUCCCAUCUUCAAGCCGUACCAGCACGCCGUCCUCAAGGAAGGGGACGCUUUCUGCCCCGACCCCGCCGACAGGGGGGAAGCCUACCCCAAGAUGCAUUGGCGUUACGCCAACCAUCCCCAUAUGGUCUAUGGUGGCAGCACAAGCAAGCAUUCCAGGGAGCAGGUGGAUCCGAAACGACCCCUGCUGCUCGAAUCCGACCUGGAUCAUCCCGCCAGUCAGUACCCAUCUAGUUUCUCGUCCUCCAAAACAUUCCAGCCGUCAAAAACUAUCAGAGCUGACAUCACAACAGGUGGUACCUCCCGCUCUGAAUCCUUCAGUCCAUUGGAUACCCUGGAGGAGGGGUCCAAUUUGAAGAACUCUUGCUUUCUACAGCAUACAGAUUCCUUGGAAACAGUCGUACACUGCGAUACAGCCUCUAAAACGGAAGCUCCGUUGAGGACCAUCACCAAAGACGUAGCACCACCGCAAACUCAGUCAUGGAACAUGACAACUGUUUGAUGAGACCCGCCUACUAGCUGGAAAGUAGAGAAGGGUCUUAGGCUGAAGAAUAGAGGGCGUGUCAAGUGACGUCAAUGUAACGCGGGUAUCAUUUUUAUCAUAAAGAUGAACACUUUGGUUACUGCUAAGGAAUAGAAAGUGUUUUAUCUUAACAAUCAGUUACUUAAGAGGAGUUUAAGAUACUGGAAGGCGAAAUAUUAAAAUUUUUAGAAAUUUCGAUGAAAACUUUGCCCAAGACUUCAGACUAAAUGCAAUAUCAAUUGCAUUUAGGAUAUCAGUGAAUCAAAAAAGUCUUUUUUAUAAAUUAAGCUGCAUUAUACUACAACUAAAAGAAGUUUGCUUGUCAUUGUAUUGCUUUUAAAAAAGAUUUUAAAAUCAAAAGCUAAAAAAUUAAUUAACUAAAAUUGGUUAUAUCUCAAUUGAAAUCGGGAAAAUAUUUACACCCAUCUUAGUAUAUUUGACAGAUAAAAAAUAAGAUGAUAUGGAUGCGUAAUUCAAAAAAUAAAUAAAUAAAAUAAACUCGAGGGGUUUACAGGGAAAUGAUUACAAUUUAUCUUAAAAGUUUAAAACAUCAAUUUAACCUUCAACAAUUAAAAAAUUGUAAAUCUAAUUGAAAACGCGCAGAACAUUGAAUAGAUAUUUGAAAUAUUAGUUCUACAACAUUAUCAUUUUAGCUACUUGAAAAGUAACUAAUUUUUACCAUUAAAAUUAAUUUAAAAAUAUUUAUAUAAUUCAAAAUUAAUAUAAGAAAUGAAAGAAUAAUUAUUUCUAGGGGGGGGGGAAAUCAUCAGAAUUCGAGCCAAGAGAACAGAAAUUUAACAAACACUUAAUUGAUAUCGUAAUUAAACAAUGAAAUUGCUCGUUCCUUGUGAUGUUUGCUAUUCAAAGUUAAGAGAACUUCGCUAUUAACAAUUUUCUGAAUAAAAACUGAGCUUUGGAGUUGUGCAAUUAGCUGUUGAGAUUAUUGCGCAAUCGAGCAUGGAAACGCAGGACAGUUAAUAAGGAUAAUCAAAUAAUAAUUAAAAAAACAAAACUAUCAUCAAGCUAACAUUCCCCGACAAUCUAUUAUAAUCUCUUAAGGAAAAAAUAUGUGAAAGUAACGACAACUUCAAUAAAUGAAGACGAUGUCAAGCAUGGUGGUCUUGAUAUAUAACAAACAUCAAAAUAUUGUUGCAGAGUUAUUCAGUGUCUAGCAUAGAGGGCCAGUAAUCUAUGGGGUUUGAUAUAAUCCGAAUUAAUAAUGCGUUAAGAAUUUUGAACUCCUUAGUGAAUCUGCUGUGCUAUUUAAUGAAUUUCAUUUUAGCUCAUUAAAGACAGCAAGUUUUUGGGUAAACUUGUAAGUUCUUAAAUCAUCAUAACUUUGUUAUUUAUGAAACAAUAACAGACGGGACGCGCAACACGAGAAAACUCGUAAGCGGUUCUUAACGUGUUAAAAAAUGAGCAAUGUUUUCAAAAAAAAAUCCACAACAACUAUUUAGAAUUUGCCUGAAUUUCCAUAGUUUUCCAUUAUUGAAUUUAAAUUCACUGGAAUCAAUGACAUGAUGCCUAGGACGCAUGAUAAACUAUGCCAUAUCUUUCAUUAAGUUGUGACAUUAGACCACAAGCAGUAAAUGAAAGCAGUGCAAAAAUUAUUUAACUGGUGGCGUGUCAUGAAUUGACAAUUAUUCCUUUAAAAACUAUCGUUUGCUCUUAUUAUUAUUAUUAAUAAUAUUUCCAUUAAGAUUUACGUUCACAUUUUUGGCAAUUUUAUCUUAAAGUUCCGAGCUCUAGGAUGAUUCUUUCAUAAUCAUGUAACUUGAAUUUUUCUAGAAAGAUAAUUUGUGAUCGAAACCUCAAAAAAAAAACUAAUAUUUCGUUGAUAUUUUAAAUUCACAGUGAAAGCAAGUCGAACGAACGAAUCUCCUACUAUAUUUCAUAAAAAAUAUCUAAUAAAUUUUAGUCAUAUACACAUAUAAAAAAAAUUUUCAUUUUUGUUUAUAUAAAUUAUCAACUAAAAAGAUAUAAAAAUUAAAUCCUCUACAACUAAAUUUUAUAGUUUUGUCUGCUAAUAUAUUAGAGAUGAACCAUUUGUAGAGAUGCGUCAUGUAUACCAAAGUGUUCAUUUUCUGUAUGAUGCCAUUUGCACACAUUUCUAUCACACUCCAAGCUUUAUUCCUCAUCCAUUAUUUAUGCUUUUUAAGUGAUAGAGCUCAACUACCUGUUGCAAUCGAUAUACUAAACUGAGUGUUAUGAAGACACCCAGUUCAAGAUGUUAUUUUGUCUUUUUAAAUUAAAACUUAUUUUCUUGUACAUAAACAUUACGCAUCUAAUUAAUUCAUAUGCUGUUGCAAUACGAUCUAUUUAUUUACAAAAGUUAUGGAUAGUGUAUAUAUUUGUUUGGUUAUUAAGAUUUAUUUUAUUUUUAUUUAUUUGAAAUAUAAUAGGUUACAUUUUUGAAGUUUCUUACCUAUUUUAAAUGAGCUUGAAUCAGUGCAUCGAAUUCUAAACUUUAAAAAAAAAAUGGAAAAAACCUGCAAACAUAUCAUAUAGGAUUGUUUUGUUUUGUUUUGUUUUUGUAAUAUGACCAAAAAAAUUCAAAUAUCUCAAAUUAAUUUAGGGCGACGGUAUAUUUAAGUUUCAUAAAAACUAGUAGUGUAAGUUUCGAUGAAUGGUAUCCAUUCCUUUUUACCAAAAAAUAUUAUGUGUAAUAUCUUACGCUUUAUGUUUAGAAAAAUUGUGAUUCAUUAACCAUAUGAUUUUGUUCUACAUCAGAAGUUCAUAGCUACAAGAUAAGAUUAUUCAUUUUUGUUUAUUCAGUUUAACUGCUUCAUUCAGUACAAAAAAAACCAUUGUUCUUAAAUUUGCUAUAUGUGUAUAUAUGUUGUAUAUGUAUAUAUAUAUACACCAACUGUUGUGUAGUGAUAGUUAUUUUAUAUUAUGUUGCAGGCAUUCUCAUAAAAUACUCGCUGGUGUCAUUUAUUAAUGUAUAGUUGAUCACUCUAUGUGAAACAUGUCUCGCUUUAGACAGGUGCUAUAAUGCAAUAUUAAAUAAAAGAUGUGUUACCAUCUAACAAGCCACACAAUUCCCCAACUAUACAUGAAAAGCAAUCGAAACAGUCAUAAGGAAUGAAAGAACAAAAACAAAACAAAUCCUUAAAAACAUUCCUUUUAAUUAAAAAUAGAAUAAAUGUUGCAUCUGAAAAUACCCGGCAUAGUCAAAUCCAGUUAUAUAAAUAAAUCAAGAAAGAUUUUACAGAAUGCUAACGGCGCUCAUUUAAACGUAAACUGCACAAUUCAUCCAAAAUCCUACACGUUGUCUUGUGUUGAGAUGUGGCGACUAUCCUAUCCUAUUUGUGGCGGACAAGUCAUUAAAAGCCUGAACGUUUAACAGAAUUGAAUUAUAGUGAUUAGGUAGGUGCAGCACACAUACCUAUCACGAUGCAAAAGUAUCGAAUAAGUUAUAAGCGAAACUUGCCCUCAAAGGUUAGAAGAAAAUCGAAACGUGCAAAACGAAUGUAUGUGCAUAGUACCUGACCAAAUGGCGUGUGUUCACCAGGCAUAAGUGAAAUCAAAUGAACAUAAAUUGAUUCUAAGACACCAGAAAAUAAAUUAUUAUCUUAUUUAGAAUCAAACUCUUCCUUAAAAGUAUCAUUUUACAGUAAAUAUCAAUCAGAAGUCAAUCAAUUUCAAAUAAUUCCACCUAAUUGCGUCAAUCAUCAGUUAUUAGAAAAUCAAAUAUCAAUUUUCGUCACGUAAUCAAAAUUUAAAUUACUUGAAAAUGUACUUUCAAACAUUUUCUAUACAAAGAUACAUAUUAAGAAAAUCUAAUAGAAUUUAAUCCAAAAAUAAUUUUCCCGUUGCUCAUAGUCUAAAAGGAACAGUUGUCAUUUCCUUUCUGCUUACAGCCGAGUGUUUGAAUCAACUAUAAAGCAAUCUUAAUGGGAUGAGCCUGGCAUCGGAUCACUGUAUUCGAUUUUAAUGAGUUCAUAGAUUCCGGUUGAAUAUCAGACGUGUUUAUGUCUUCUUGUCACUCAAUACAUAUAAAACAAACGGAAAAAAGAAAAGGAAUUUAUUUACAACACGAAUACUUAAGCGUCAAUCAGAAUGUUUUUAUUGCAUGGGAAGUGCGUUGCCAUUUCGUUCUGUGAAAGUUCGACGAAUCUUAUUUGUCCAGAAUUUAUUAUAUGUUAAUAAAAUUUGUUCAGGGCAAAUAUUUUAUUCGGUAUAUAAACAAAAGUUUUAAAGUAAGGUUUGUUCGACCGUAACAUAUUUAAGUUCAAACAAUACAAUAAACAUUUGAAAGUUUGUAUUUUAAACCGGCAUAAAAAAUUAUAUUAAAAUAUACAAUGAGCAACUCAGACUGCACACCUUGGAUAAACAUAGAACAAAUGUAAAUACAUACAUUCAUACGUGUUGCAUCAAAAUAAGCACUGAACUCAACAUCUGUCAGAAAUUCCAAUAAGGCACACGCAUGCGCAUAUGACCUUCAAAGAAAAAUGUCCAGCAUCAUCAGUUAUUAACAUCCGUCCAAUUUUUUGAUACUCUGAAUCUUCUGACUUAGGAAAAUGAUUUUAAAGCAUCAUUGAAGAAUUUUUUACUUUAAAGCAUCCAUUUAUAAAUUCAGAGUUUGAACUUUAAGCUGAUCAAUGCAGUUUUGUUUAGUUUCGAAUAAAAAAAAAUGACAAAAUGUGUAGCUUGCAAUUGUUUUAACAAUCAGGUGUUUUAGAAACCCAUCUGUUUCGAGCAUUUUUUUAAACUUUUCUUUUCAGAUUUAAAAACAAUAAAUUAUAAUCUGAGCUUAAAUGUUUAUUUUUUCUUUAUCAUUAAAACUGUAUCUACUAAGUAAUUAUUCCAAAUGUUUUAUCUAAAUAUAUUACUUCUGUUAAGCUCUGAUUUUAUUUAUUACAGAAAAAAAAUUGUUCAGUGAAAUUUUGUUCUAAAUGACUCUUUAGGAUUAUUUUGUUGAAGAAAUAUGCAUUUAUUUCAUUUUCUGUAUUUAAUUUAAAAACAAAAAUAUUGAUGUGAGUUGGACAAUGUUGAUAUCAUUUCAAUAUUUCUCAUCAAAAUAAAAAAAAUCAAUAAAUGUUGUAAUCAUUUGUGUCAGUUAGACAUAGUAGUGUAGUAAACUGUAUUUAUGAAACUCUGCGUAACUUAAUUUACAAAAUACUUCUCAAUGAUGUGUAUAUAUAAAUAAGGCUAUCACUUUUAUAUAUUUGUGUAAUAUGUUUUUCACAAUAAGUGCGAAAUGAAACAUUUUCUGUGUGUCAUUUUAUGCAUAGAGAGAUUUUCUUUCAUUUAUUAACAGUUUUUAAACAAUUUUGGCAAAUAAAUAAAAAAAAAGAAAGAAAUCCAGCGUCAUUCCAAAAUGAGUUUUACUGAUAAUCUAAAUCUUAACUAAAAUUGAUAUUUCGAAAUCUUAAAUGCUUUGCAAUAAAACUCACUUUUUUGGAAAUAUUUACCAUUAAUCUAAGUGCUAAUGGUGAAAUAAUUUUAUACUUAUCGAUAAAAAACCAUUGUAACUGAUGAAUUAUUAUUUUAUUUAGAAAUAAAAAUCCAAUGCAUAAUUCCAAUGGCAUUUUAGAAACUUCAGUUAAAGUACAGUGAAUAUCUUGCUUUAUUUUAAUUCAGAAAUUUAAAAUUUUUUAUUUAUAAUUGUUGUUUGUUUUUUUUGUAUAAAUCAUCACAUAUUCUCCCUCGCUCUUUCUCUUUCUAAGCAAUUUUCUUUUGUAAAUUCAUAACGAAUACUUUGGAUAUAUUCAUAAUAACAAUUUUUGAAAGGAUGUUCAAUGUUAAAAAUAUUGCAAGUGAUGCAGCCAACACAUCUGCUCAUUUCACCACAAAUGUAUUUAUGUGAACUAAAGAAAUAAAUAAAUAAAUUCUUCGAUGAAGAAUAAAUAAAUAAAUUCUUCAUUGAAAAGUUCUGGAAAUGAUAAAUUACCAUGAAACUACAAAAAUCGAUCCUUUUUCAGUAAUUACAUUACUGUUUUUAUUUUUUCCCUAUGCUUGGGAUUAUAUCAUUUUAUACAUAUUGUAUUAGUUAUAUCUUCAUGCAUAAA